AUGAUGGACGAUAUAAUGGAUUCUGACUCUGAUGUUGAAUCGAUUGUCGAGAUGAAGCAACCAGCCAAGAAGCAACCAGCCAAAAAUCAAUCAGUCAAGAAGGAAACAGUCAAGAAGGAACCAGCCAAGAAGGAACCAGCCAAGAAGGAAACAAAGAAGGAAGAAAAGCAGAAAGCCGCUCCCAAGAAAGCUCCAGCAAUCAAGACCAACAACAACAACAAGAAGAAAGUGACCAAAACUGUUGCCACCACCAAAACUGCUGCUGCCACCACGGCUGCUUCUCGUCGUUCCGGUCGCCGCCACAAGCCUGUCACCAAGUUUGAUGCCUGA